AUGUCACUUAUGCAAGAAAUUGAAAGUAAUUCAAUGGAAACUCGUCAACUUCAUUCAAGUCAAAAAGAAGCAAUUAAGAAGAUAGCUGAAUUUUCAGGAGAAUCUAAUGAAAUUGACAUAGAUGAAUGGUUGUACGAUUUAAACAAUUUAUUUUCAUUAAUGAGAUUAAAAGAUGAAACAAGGAUUCUGGAAACGAUGGGUAAAUUAGCAGGACCUGCAUUAAGAUGGUAUCAAGAAAAUUUAAGAUCAUUCAUUAAUUGGAACGAUGCUGAAAAUGCAUUACGCGACCGGUUCAAAGAAUUUACACCUGACAGUCAAUUACUGCAAGAAUUCAUUCACAUUCAUCAAGAAGAAAAUCAAUCGGUAACAUCAUUUUACGAACAUGUUAUUCGGAAAUACAGAAAAGCUCGACAAUGCAUAACCGAACAACAAGUUAUUACAGUUUUACAAACUGGUGUAAAAAAUUCAUUAAAGGAAUAUUUAAUUCGAAAUGAAAAAGGUAUCACGAAACCAGAUGAAUGGUUGCAAUAUUCAACAACAACGUAA